GGGUUUUUUUUUCCUCUCUCUCUGAUCUGAUUAUUUGAACUGCAGUUAAAGGGAAGGUAAGAUGGCUGAGCUGGGCAGCAAAGGAGUCUCUGCGGGGAAGAUAGCCAGCAACAUGCAGAAGAAGCUGACACGGGCUCAGGAAAAGGUUCUCCAGAAACUUGGAAAAGCCGACGAAACAAAAGACGAGCAGUUCGAACAAUGUGUGCAAAACUUCAGCAAGCAGCUGACAGAGGGAUCCAAGCUGCAGAAGGAUCUGAGGACCUAUCUGGCUUCUGUAAAGGCUAUGCAUGAAGCCUCCAAGAAGCUCACGGAGUGUUUGCAGGAAAUCUACGAGCCGGACUGGCCGGGCAGAGAGGAAACAAACAGAAUCGCAGAGAACAAUGACCUCCUGUGGACGGAUUACCACCAGAAGCUGGUUGACCAGGCUCUCCUCACCAUGGACACCUACCUCGGACAGUUCCCCGACAUCAAGUCUCGCAUCGCUAAACGGGGAAGAAAGCUGGUGGAUUAUGACAGCGCCCGACACCACUUUGAAUCCCUACAGAAUGCAAAAAAGAAGGACGAAACCAAGAUCGCCAAGCCCGUGUCGUUGCUUGAGAAGGCUGCCCCCCAGUGGUGCCAGGGGAAAAUACAAGCCCACCUGGUUGCCCAAACUAACCUGCUCCGAAACCAGGCCGAGGAAGAGCUCAUCAAAGCCCAGAAAGUGUUUGAGGAGAUGAACGUGGAUCUGCAGGAAGAGCUGCCCUCCUUAUGGAACAGCCGUGUUGGUUUCUAUGUCAACACAUUCCAGAGCAUUGCGGGGCUUGAAGAAAACUUCCACAAAGAAAUGGGGAAGCUGCAUCAAAACCUUAAUGAUGUGAUGGUGACUCUGGAACAGCAACAAGGAAAACAGUCAUCAAACGCCUUCACGCCAGUGAAAGCUCAGCCAAGAAAGAAAGCAAACUUGUUCUCCAGACUGAGGAUAAAAAGGAGCAGCGACACCAGUUCCGUGAAGGUGAAUAAGAGUCCGUCCCCUCCGCCGGACGGACCUCCACCUUCAGCCACCGAAACCAAGACCGUCAACCACGAACCCGAGGAAGAAGCACCUGCAACGGCGUCAUUCUUUGUAGAUGCACCGUCUGCGGCGGUGUCCAAAUCGCCUUCUCAGCUGAGGAAAGGCCCACCUGUCCCACCGCCACCAAAACACACGCCGUCAAAGGACCUCAAGCAGGAAAAUAUCAUCGGCCUGUUUGAUGACAAUUUUGUGCCCGAAAUAAGUGUGACCACCCCCUCGCAGUUUGAGGCUGUGUGGCCUCAGACCGCGGAGCCCAGCUUACUGGAUCUGGAUUUUGAUCCCCUGAAACCUGAACCCUCUUCGGGGUCCGCGGUACCAGCACAGUCUCUGCCCUGGGAUAUGUGGGAGCCUGACAAGAGCACGUCUGGCAAUGUGGACCAGUUUGGCGGUGAUAGCGCGUUUGUGGUGGACUGGUCCUCUCAGCCCACCCAGGCAGAGUCUGCCCAACCAGAACCGCCAGCUCCUGCCGCCAAAACCGAACAAGAAAAGAAGGAGCCCGUAGCUCAACCCGAAUCAACCGCGACCGAGAACGAUACGGCUGCUCAGCCUCAAAGCUCACUUCCUGCUGUUGUGGUGGAAACAUUUUCCGCCACCGUAAACGGUACCCUGGAGAGCAGCCCACCCAAAAAAGAUAUGCCCCCUGGAUUCCUGUAUAAGGUGAAGGCUCUGCACGAUUAUGCCGCAACCGAUAACGAUGAAUUGAACUUGAAAUCGGGCGAAGUGGUGCUAGUGACCACAUUUGAUAACCCAGAGGAGCAGGACGACGGUUGGUUAAUGGGGAUUAAAGAAGAUGAUUGGCUCCAGAAUAAGGAUUUUGAACAACAUAAAGGCGUCUUCCCAGAAAACUUUACAGACAAGUACCAGUGAAGAGAGAGUAGCCCUCGCUCCUUCCGCUCUGGGAUAUUAAGCAAAUUUUCUGUGAAAAUGAUAAUGUCUACCCUACAAAAACGAAAAAACAAAAAAGCAAAAAAAAAAAUAUGAAAAAACAAAACAAAGGACGUUGAUGGUGAAAGUGUCGCUGUAAAGGUUCAGGUCUCGUAUAGAAACAAGGUUAAUGUUGAUUCCAGGGGAUGCUUUAUCGUAACUUUGUAUC